UUCUUCUUCUUCUUCUUAUCUCUCUCUUUCUUUUUCUCUUUCCUAAGAAAAAGGCUGAAUCUUUCACACUGUUUUUCUGAGUUGGCUCAAGCACAAAAAUCCACACCAGGAAGAGACUCACACUAACUCACUGUCUCAAUCGUAUUUUUCUCUCUUAAUCAUAUUAUGUUCAUUCCAGAGCCUCAUUCAGUGGCUCCGUUUCUAGAAGACUAGGCCAAAAAUUCAAAAGAAGAAGGAAAAGAAAGAACGAAAACAAAAUGCUUAUCUUCUUCUUCUUUCUCUUGAUCUCUUCUCCUUUGACACUUUGUCUCAACCAAGAAGGUCUCUACCUGCAGCGAGUUAAGACCUCGCUUGAUGAUCCUGACUCGGCUCUUUCCUCCUGGAACGACCGCGAUGACACCCCAUGUUCGUGGCGCGGCGUCACUUGUGAUCCUUCCUCUCGUUCAGUCAACUCUGUUGACCUCUCCAACGCCAACGUCGCCGGACCUUUCCCAUCAGUCGUUUGCAGGCUUGAAAAUCUCACCUUUCUCUCUCUUUUCAACAACUCUGUCAAUUCCACUCUUCCCCUUGAUGUCUCAUCGUGUCAGGCUCUACGUCAUCUUGACCUGUCUCAGAAUUUGCUCACCGGUGCUCUGCCCCACUCGCUUGCUGACUUGCCGGAGCUGCAGUACUUGGACUUGACUGGGAACAACUUCUCAGGUGAGAUUCCGGUGAGUUUUGGUCGGUUUCAGAAGCUUGAGGUGAUAUCUCUUGUUUAUAAUCUCUUCGACGGUGUUUUACCUCCGUUUCUUGGGAAUGUAAGUAGUCUGAAAAUGCUUAACCUUUCUUACAACCCGUUUUUGCCGGGUCGGAUCCCGCCGGAGUUUGGGAACCUUACGAAUCUCGAGGUUUUGUGGCUGACGGACUGUAACUUGGUGGGGGAGAUUCCUGAUUCGUUGGGUCAACUCAAGAUGUUGAAAGAUUUGGACCUCGCUAUCAACAACUUGCACGGACCGAUCCCGAGUUCGCUCGUUGGGUUGUCAAGUGCGGUCCAGAUUGAGCUCUACAACAACUCGUUGUCCGGCGAGCUGCCUCCGGGGAUGUCGAACUUAACGGCAUUGAGGCUCCUUGAUGCGUCAAUGAACCAGUUGUCUGGGACGAUUCCGGAUGAGCUUUGCAAAUUGUCCCUCGAAAGCCUCAAUCUUUACGAGAAUCGGUUUCAAGGAAAGUUACCGGAGACCAUUGCCAACUCGCCGGCUCUGUACGAGCUGAGGCUCUUCAAAAACUUUCUCACCGGCGAACUACCAAAGAAUCUCGGGAAAAAUUCCCCGUUACGGUGGCUUGAUGUUUCUAGCAACAACUUUUCCGGCGCGAUUCCGGCGACCCUUUGCGAAAGAGAUGAGUUAGAGGAGCUUCUAAUGAUAUACAACUCAUUCUCCGGCGAAAUCCCGGAGAGUCUUGGCGACUGCGAGAGUUUGGUUCGGGUUCGGUUAGGACACAACCAGUUAUCCGGCGAAGUUCCGGCCGGUGUAUGGGGACUCCCACGUGUGUAUUUACUGGAGCUCGUCGAAAACUCACUCUCUGGCUCGAUAGCGAAGACCAUUGCCGGAGCGGCCAACCUGUCCCUUCUGAUAAUCUCGAAGAACAAUUUCACGGGACCAAUCCCUGAAGAGAUCGGGUGGGUUGAAAAUCUCGUUGAACUUUUGGGGAACGACAAUGGCCUUAGUGGGCCUCUGCCAGAGAGUAUAGUGAAUCUGCCACAGCUUGCGACUUUGGAUCUUCACAACAACGAGAUCUCUGGUCACUUUCCGAGCAAAUUCGAAUCAUGGAAGAAGCUCAACGAGUUAAAUCUAGCCAACAACAAACUUUCCGGGAAGAUUCCAAGUGGAAUUGGGAAAAUGGUGGUGCUCAAUUAUCUCGAUCUUUCAGAUAACCAAUUUUCUGGGGAAGUCCCUUUUGGGCUUCAGAAUCUGAAACUCAAUAUGUUUAAUCUCUCGAACAAUCGUCUUUCGGGUGAUCUUCCUCCUGCACUAGCCAAGGACAGUUACAAAACCAGUUUGCUAGGCAAUCCUGGCCUUUGUGGAAGCCUAAAAGGCUUGUGCGAUAAUAGUACCGAGGCUAAGAGCCAAGGUUACAUUUGGGUUCUUCGAAGCAUGUUCAUUCUCGCGAGCUUAGUCUUCGUGGUGGGUGUCGUUUUGUUUUACUUGAAGUACAGGAAAUUCAAGAACGCAAAGAGAGCCAUAGACAAGUCGAAAUGGACAUUAAUGUCGUUCCACAAACUGGGUUUCAGCGAGUACGAGAUUCUUGAUUGUCUGGACGAAGACAACGUCAUCGGCAGCGGUGGUUCUGGGAAAGUCUACAAAGUGGUUCUCAGCAACGGUGAAGCCGUGGCUGUCAAAAAGCUCUGGGGAGGUGUCAAAAAGGACUGCGAAAGUGAAGAUCUCGAAAAGGGUCGUGGCCAAGACGACGGUUUCGAAGCAGAGGUGGAGACUUUGGGGAAGAUUAGGCACAAGUGUAUCGUUAAGUUGUGGUGUUGUUGCACAACUAGGGACUGCAAACUCUUGGUGUACGAGUACAUGUCUAAUGGUAGUCUCGGCGAUUUGCUGCACAGCAGUAAAGGUGGUCUGCUUGACUGGCCGACGAGGUUUAAGAUCGCGGUCGAUUCAGCCGAGGGACUCUCCUAUCUUCACCACGACUGUGUUCCUCCAAUCGUUCACAGAGAUGUGAAAUCCAAUAAUAUCUUGUUGGAUGGUGAUUUCGGUGCAAGAGUGGCUGAUUUUGGAGUUGCCAAGGUGGUUGAUUUAUCUGGGAAAGGGCCUAAAUCCAUGUCUGUCAUAGCUGGUUCAUGUGGUUACAUUGCUCCUGAAUAUGCAUACACACUAAGAGUGAAUGAAAAGAGUGACAUAUAUAGCUUUGGAGUGGUCAUCCUUGAGUUAGUCACUGGUAGACUCCCAAUUGAUCCAGAGUUUGGGGAAAAGGAUUUGGUUAAGUGGGUUUGUACCACUUUAGAUCAGAAAGGAGUUGACCAUGUCAUUGACUCUAAACUAGAUUCAUGUUACAAGGAAGAAGUAUGCAAAGUCCUCAACAUUGGGCUGCUAUGCACAAGCCCUCUUCCAAUCAAUCGUCCCUCGAUGAGAAGGGUUGUCAAACUGCUUCAAGAAGUGGGCGGCGCCGCCGAGAUCAAGGCGGCCAAGAAGGACGGCAAACUGACCCCUUACUACUAUGAAGACACCUCCGAUCAUGGCAGUGUAGCUUAGGCACAAUUUUCACUCUUCCAAGGAGAAAAUAUUAUAGAAGCAAAAGCUUUCUCACCAGCUGCUUUUUUCUUGACUUGGUUUUUCCUUUUUUAUGUAUCUUGAGGUUUCAUAUUCUCAAUCCAACUGGUGUUUGUUUUUUUUUUUUUUUUUUUUCUAAGUAGUUGGGGGCAAGGCAAAGAGAUUUUUUUUAAUCGAACUUAGGGGAAAACAAAAGUGAGAAAGAGAGAGUUAUAAUGGUGAUGGUAGUUGGUUGAUGUUCUACAACUAUACUGUAAAUUAACUAUGAAAGUUCUAUUUCAUCUACCCAAAUAUUUUGGCUUU